CUAUCCACUCAGCUGGCAACACCGCCGCAGCAUCCUGCCUAUUCUGCACCAGCAGCCGGGUGCCGUCUGACUCACACCGAGUAGACCUACCUACCACCAUGUCUGCACCAUACCGACAAGACAUGCCCCCGCCCGGGGGUUUCGACGCGAUCAAAUACAAACGCAAUCUGCCGCUGCGCGGUCCCAGCGGUCUCGUCAUCCUCGGCGGCGUGACGGCGGUAUGCGCGUACGGCUUCUAUCGACUUGGAAAGGGCAACCUGGAGAAGAGAGAGCUCCAGAGAGAGAAGGUGUGGUCCCGGAUUCACCUGGUGCCCCUCUUGCUGGCGGAAGGGGACCGCGACACGUACCGACGUCAGCAGGCAGCAUUGGAAAGAGAGAAGGAGAUCAUGAAGGACGUGCCGGGCUGGGAGGCAGGCAAAAGUGUCUACAACAACCCAAGAUACCGGCCUGCGGAGUCGAUUGUGGUUCUAUGAUGGUAGUUGUCCCCUUGUAUGCGCUUCCUCAGAGCAAUUGAAUCAGGCGAUGAUAAUACGCUUCCA